UUUUUAGAAACGACUGAAGCUCCCAGGUCAGCUGUGAACGCACCGCGAGGUACAGACCAGAACACAGAGUGGGACACCACAGCCUGGACAGACCUGGACGGGGUCUUUAGUGAUACCUGGGGAGUGCUGGCCUGACCUGGGGAGUGGUGGAGACUUCUGGACGGACACGUUGAGAGUCCCUUGGUAAUUUUCUGCAGUACAGAUUGAGGACACGGACGGACUCUGAUGUUGGAGGUUGUCUGAUGGGUCCUGAGGAAGAAGAAGAGCUCAGCUAACGGACAGGACACGUCUACAUGAAGACGCCUGACGUUUAAAACGUCUCCAGGUGGUUUCAGCAGAGAGCUCUGUCCACAGUCACACACCUGGACAAUAUGAAAACAGAGCCGGGCCGGUCUCUGUGAGCCUGAUGGAGCCUCAGCCCGCCAUCACACAACACACAGUGUUACCAUGGAAACACUGCAUCCACCUGACUCUGCUGCUGGUCCAGCUGAGUUUACCUGAAGCUGGAGCUUCCUGUCGUAUCCUGAAGUGUAACUCUGACUUUGUGGCUGCGACGUUGGACCUGGGCAGCAGUGGAGCAGGUGGAGCAGCAGGUGGAGCAGCUCUCAGCAGGGAGUCGGUGAACACAGGUUACUGCAGCGCCCUGCGCUCCUACCGCACGUGUACAAAGCGGAUGGCGCGGGCGUGCCGGGGCGACCUGGCGUACCACUCUGCCGUUCAGGGCAUCGAGGACCUGCUGAUCCAGCACCGCUGUCCCCGCGUGGGGCCCACGGCCGAGCCCCGCCCCCUCCCUCAGGGCGCGCUGCCGGGAGACGCCUGCCUCUACGAGAGGAGCUUCUUUGGCAGAGAGGGUCGGACACCAGAGUACCUGCACUGUGGCGUCUUCGGAGACCCGCACGUCCGAACCUUCAGCGACAGCUUCCAGACAUGUGCCGUGCAGGGGGCGUGGCCUCUCAUAGACAACGAAUACCUGUACAUACAGGCCACCAGCUCGCCAAGCAGGGGAGGGGGGCGUGGCACAGUGCUCACUAAGAUCACCAUCAUCUUUAAGAACAUGCGUCAGUGCACUGAUCAGCAGUUGUACCAGGCUGAGCUGGAUAACGUCCCCGCUGCGUUCGCCGACGGCUCGGUGUCGAGCGGUGAGCGGCGAGGUCACCACAGCUUGACGGUCCGGACUCAGAGUCCCGGCCGACACGCGGAGAUCCGAGCGGCCCACAUCGGGACUCUGCUGGUGGUGCGUCAGAGCGGCAGAUCGCUCGGCCUGUCGGUCCGAUCGCCGCGUGGCAUCGUGGAGGCCUUUGGCCCCGAGCAGGACCUGCAGCUGUGUGUGUGGGGCUGCCCCCCCUCCCAGAGACUCAACACUCUCCAUCCGCCGCCGGACUCCUCGCCGUCCGCCACCAUUGGCGCCCACACUCACUGCGCUGCGCUGCUUCCUGCCCGGGACGUUUACUACCGGGCCUGUAUGUUCGACCUGAUCACCAGCGGAGACCUGAACUCCAGCGUGGCCGCCGUCAGCGCGCUGCAGGACGCCCAAAACAUGAUUUCUGAACGGGAGAGAGUUCACCUGCUGCUGGUCGCCUCCGCCGAGCCACGCCGAGCACGGCCCCACCUGACGCUGCUGCUGCUCGGCAUGCUGGGAACUCUGACCAGAGCCUGAAGCAGCAGGAAGUCACUCAUGACAUCACUCCACACGGAUCGGAAGAUCAGAGGAGAACAGGACGCACACUUGUGGUCAUGUGCAGGUUGAAGGAGACACAGCAGCUGGUUCAUGUAGAGUGUGUUUGAGCUCACCUGAUGUGCAGCCGACACCUGGACUCUGUGAUCAGCCUAACGUUCCUCGGUCUGGACUGCAGGUACGGCUGAAACCAUGGACGCAAAGGCCUCUCAUAUUUCUGCCAGUCUGGGGGUUUACCUGGUCCAGGUGUGUUUCCAUCACCUGUCGUCCUUCACUUUUUCAGUUUGUGAAUAAAAACCUGAGAGUAAAA